AUGUCGUCCAACCUCAGCAAACAGGAGACGCCAGCUGCGGCCCAAGCAGUCGCUGAAGCAGAUCAGCACACUCUGCGCAAAACCUCAUAUCGACUCUACACCACACCUUUCAGCAAGAUCUUGCAACACCGAUAUACGGGUUCGGGCACAAAGCAAGACCCCUACCUGGUCGAAUGGCUUCCUCAAGACCCAGAGAAUCCGCUGACGUGGUCGCCGUUCUACAAGUGGCUACAGACUGUGCAGGUGGCCCUUGCCACGCUCUCCGUGGCGCUUGCUUCUAGUGCCUAUUCAGGAGCUGUCGAUUCGAUCGCCGCCCAAUUCCAUCCUCCUAAGGAGGUCAUCAUCAUUCUCGGAGUCUCGUUGUUCGUUCUCGGUUUCGCAUUCGGCCCGCUGGUUUGGGCACCGUUCUCCGAAGUCGUCGGCAGACGCAACCUGUUCCUCUUCACUUCGGCCGCCUUCACCCUCUGGCAGGCCGUGUCGGUGGCCUCGCCAAACAUGGCUUCGCUGCUCGUUUUUCGAUUCCUUGCUGGAUUCUUUGGUUCUAGUCCAUUGGUCAACACUGGCGGUACACUUGCCGACAUGUUUGCGGCCAAACAACGUGGAUUGGCCAUGGCCAUCUUUGCCAGCGCGCCCUUCCUCGGUCCUGCACUUGGCCCCAUCACUGGUGGCUUUCUGGGCGAGACGCAGGGCUGGAAGUGGGUGAUUGGCUUCCUGGCGAUUUUCUCGGGCGUCAUGACCCUGCUUGGCUUGCUGACCAUGCCAGAGACGUACGCGCCCGUGCUGCUCCGAUGGCGUGCCGAGAAGCUUGCCAAGGUGACGGGCGAGUCGUACAUCUGCAAGCUCGACAAGGGUCGCGAUCUUCGGCUCAAGACGCAGUUCAAGGUGGCGCUGCUGCGUCCCUGGUUGCUUCUCAUCUACGAGCCCAUUGUGCUAUUGCUCUCGAUCUACAUCGCCAUCAUCUAUGGAAUCCUCUACUCGCUGUUCGGCGCCUUCCCCAUCGUCUUCCAGAAGCUGCGAGGAUGGAGCCCUGGCAUUGGCGGUCUGGCUUUCCUCGGCGUGUUGGUCGGCAUGCUCGGCGCUCUUGCUUGGAUCAUCUUCUACGAGAACCCGAGAUACGGACGCGCCCACGAAAAGCACGGUGGCUUUGCCCCGCCCGAGGAACGUCUCAUGCCUGCUAUGAUUGGAUCCGUCGCAAUCGUCAUCGGCCUCGCCAUGUUUGCUGCCACUGACGGUCGCGGCGUUCACUGGGUCGUCCCCAUCAUCGCCGGUGCGCCCUUCGGUCUCGGCAUGGUCUUGAUCUUCCUUUCGAUCUUGGGCUACCUCACCGACUCGUACCUGCUCUACGCAGCUUCCGUCCUGGCGUCCAACAGCGUCAUCCGUUCCCUGUUUGGAUUCGCCUUCCCGCUCUUCACGCCAAAUAUGUACCAAAUCGGAGGCAAGAACGGCAUCCACUGGGGUCCGGCAAUCGGAGGCCUGUUGGGGUUGAUUUGCUUGCCGUUCCCGUUCAUCUUCUACAAGUACGGCGCGUCGAUUCGCGCUAAAUGCAAGUACGCAUCCGAAGCAACACGACUGAUGCAACAGAUGAUGGCGUCUACCCAGAAGCAAGCCCCGGAGCCUGCGAGCGUCGACGACGACCUCGAAAAGGGACACGCUCAAGCCGAAGCGAAGCGCAUCGACGGUCACGGGGGCGAGCACAAGCCAGCCGAGAUGGCAAGGACCAGCAUCGACCUCGCUGCUUCUACGCAGGCGCACACGCCUCACCACGGUUCGUUCUCGGCAUCUUCUGACUCGUCUAAUGCCGCUGGCCGUUAG